UGCCCCCCGCCGCCCCCGCCGCCGCCGCCAGCGCGGCCGCACAACCCCCCGCCCCCGCCUGGGCCUACGAACCCCGAGCCUCAGCCGCAGCCGCCAGUAGCAGCUGCAGCAGCGGCAGCAGCCCCAGCCUCAAGGCCAGUUUAAGCUAUGAAGAAGGACAUCCCUCACACUCUGAAACAGAUCUUCUUCAGAGACAGACUUUUGCAGCCUCUCAUCAGCUUCCUGGAUAUGCUCCCACACCUCAACCUACUGGUCUUUCUGGAAUAUUUGAUACUAGUGUGAACAGUGCCAGUGCUAACACUAAAGAAUCUUCAGUGAUGAAUUUUCUCUCUGCUGUUGAAUCCCGAACUGCUCAGGCUGCUUCUUCAGGAACUGUUCUUUUACCACAAUUCAGGGCUCCAUCCUGGCAGACAGGCAUGCAUUCCUCAGCAGCAACUGAGCUGUUUGUUACUGGACCUUUGCCAAGCACUGGAACACUUCCACCAUCUGCCCUCCCUGCUUAUCAGCAUCCCAACACCUUCAGCAAUAGAAACUUUGCUACCACCUCACCUUUGGUGCUUCAGGACUCAACUUUUAACACUACAUCAAAUGGAAUUUUAAAUCCUCAUGACCCUUUGCUACAAAUCAAGACUUCCCAGGGAACUGUUCCAACUGCUUUAGCAUUCGAGCGCCUGGGCAGUUCUGCAUUAAGUAACAAUAUACCACCUCAGUCUUCAACGUAUCGCUCAGCUCAAGAAUCUGCUCCCCAUCUUUUACAACCUCAGUUUAGUUUGUUGCCUUCAGGACUUGGGGGAGCCCAGCAAACUCCUCAAGCCUACAGUUCAACUCUCUUUACUAGUUCUACUGCUUCCAUUGAAAGAGCUCUCCUUCGAGAAUGUAGUGUUAUUAAACACCAUCAGCGGCCUUCAGGUACCCAGUCUAUUCAGGCACAACUGACUGGUUCACAGCACUCCUUACAUAGUUAUCUAUCAAAUGCAAGUGUAGUUAAUUUUCAGGAAACAACCAGGCAGUCAUCUUUAUCCUGUAGCGCAAUUGGAGAUUCCACUCAGGUGAGCAAUGGAGGAUUGCAACAGAAGACCUCCCAGGUCUCAGUGGAGCUUGCUCAGUCUUAUUCAUCCGUAAUUCCAUCGUCAGGGUAUCUUCCUUCUACUACAAAAGUAAAAAGCUGUUCUAUAGAACAACCACUAACAUCAACUAAGAACCCCAAACCUCAGAGUAUAAUUCCUCCUGUGCAAACACUAAGCUAUUCCACACCUUUACAUAACCAGAGUUCUGUAAUAUCGGGCCAAGCACAAAUUUAUUCUACAGCGCAGCUACCAAGCCUUUUAUCAGUUAGUCAGUCCCAAAAUUAUGGUUUAGUACAGCCACAUAAUGUGCCAUCUAUUGUUCAUUCACAGGUUUAUAGGUCCAGCAAGGUUGAGAAAUUGCCAUCCUUAUAUAAAACAUUGACUUUUUCUGGGUCAUCUCAGACUAUAACUUCUGAAAAUCAGACACUCAGUUAUUCAUCUAAUCAGCAAGAGGUAUUAUCUUCAGUCACAAAUGAGAAUUUCCCUGCUCAGACUAGAGAUCUGUCUUCAGUCAGUCAGUCUCAAAGUUAUUCAUCAGGUCACUCUCAGGGUUUAUCACCAGUUAGCCAGACGCAGGUUAGUUACUCAUCUCAAUCACAAGUUUUGUCAGUUGUUAGUCCUUCGGAAAGCUAUGCUUCAGGGCAGUCCCUGACAUUAACAGCCCCUUCUCUUUCUUACUCUUCUGCCUCUCGGGCUCAGAAUUUGCCAGAUUCUAGCCCAACCCAAAAUUAUAUUUCUGUGCAUUCUUCCCAAAAUGUUCAGACUCAAGAGUCAUCAUCUCCCCAGUCCCAGAAGUUUUUGCCUGCUGUCCAGUCACCUUUUGCAUCCUCUACUCAUUGUCAGACAUUGCAGAAUAACAUACCUUCCCCUGAUCCAACGUCUUACGCUGAAAGAAAACUUGAUUCGGAUGUGUAUACAUCUUCAAAGCAAGAAGACGAUUUUCCAAUGCAAGAGUUACAAGUAUUGCAGCCACAAGCAUCUCUUGAGUCGUCAACCCAGAGGCUGUCUGAUGGGGAAAUUAAUGCUCAAGAAUCAACUUACAAGGUGUCAAAAGCAGAUGACAGAUAUUCUCAGAGUGUAAUCAGAAGUAAUUCCCAUCUUGAAGAUCAAGUUGUUGGGAUUGCUCUACAAGGAUCAAAAAAAGAAGAAAGCAUGAUUGGUUCAGUGACACAAAUUAACCAACAAAUUGUCCAAGUCAAUAAUGCAGCCACCCUUGAUCUUAAGAAAGGAACUAAUUUAAUACAAACUCCACAAGUAAGGUUGAAUGCUAAAGACCUAAACCAGCAGCAUUCUCUUGUACAUAAGGUGCAUGAAACCAAGGUCCAGGAACAGCAUGAUCAAAUAAUUAAUGCCUCAUCUCAAGUUCAAAUUCCAAAUCAUGCUUUAGGACAUGGCCAUCAGGCAUCACUUCCUAAUACACAAGUCCUUUUAGAUUCUGCCUGUGAUUUACAAAUCCUUCAGCAGUCAAUAUUGCAGGCAGGUUUAGGACAAGUAAAGGCAUCUUUACAAGCACAGCGUGUUCAAAGUCCUCAACAAAUAGCACAUCCUUUCCUUCAGAUGGAUGGUCAUAUUAUUCAGAGCAAUGGUGAUCAUUCUCAGCAGCAGCUCCAUCCUCAAACUUCGGAAAUUAUGAAAAUGGACCUCUCUGAGUCUUCAAAACAAUUACAACAACAUCUAACAACAAAGGGCCAUUUUAGUGAAACAAAUCGACAUGAUUCAAAAAAUCAGUUUGUUUCUCUUGGAUCAAUAUGUUUCCCAGAGGCAAUGCUUCUCAGUGAUGAAAGAAAUAUUUUAUCAAACGUAGAUGAUAUUUUAGCAGCUACAGCAGCAGCUUGUGGGGUUACACCUUCUGAUUUUUCCAAGUCAACUUCAAAUGAAACUAUGCAGGCUGUUGAAGAUGGUGACUCUAAAUCUCAUUUUCAGCAGUCAUUAGAUGUCAGGCAUGUGACUUCUGAUUUUAACUCUAUAACAGCUACAGUUGGAAAGUCACAGAAUAUAAAUGAAAUUUCCUUAAAUGGAAAUCAAGUUACUGUAAACCUUUCACCAGUCCCCACCCUUCAGUCAAAAAUCACUCUUGAACAACAGCACAUUGAAACACCUGGUCAAAAUGUACCAACUAAAGUAACUUCAGCAGUGGUUGGACCAAGUCAUGAAGUCCAGGAGCAAAGUUCUGGCCCAUUCAAGAAACAGUCUGCUGCCAAUCAUGAAUCUGAAGAAGACAGUGAAGUUCCUGUUGAUAGUACAUUACAUAAUAACAGAAACCAAGAGUUUGUUUCUAGUAGUCGAAGUAUAAGUGGAGAGAGUGCUACAUCAGAGAAUGAAUUUACCUUAGGGGGUGAUGACAGUGGUGUGUCAAUGAACCCAGUUAGGAGCACACUUGCACUGUUGGCCAUGGCCCAACCUGGGGAUGCAAUCAGUGUCAAGAUGGAAGAAGAAAAUCAAGAUUUAAUGCCUUUUAACCUUCAGAAGAAAACAGCUAAAGGAAAAGGGCAAGUUAAAGAGGAAGACAACAGUAAUCAGAAACAGCUGAAAAGACCUGUCCAAGGCAAACGCCAGAAUCCAAGGGGAACAGAUAUAUAUUUACCAUAUACUCCUCCUUCCUCGGAAAGCUGCCAUGAUGGUUAUCAGCAUCAAGAAAAAAUGAGGCAGAAGAUCAAAGAAGUGGAGGAAAAACAACCAGAAGUCAAAACAGGAUUUAUUGCUUCUUUCUUAGAUUUUCUGAAAUCUGGGCCCAAGCAGCAGUUUUCCACUCUUGCUGUACGAAUGCCUAACAGGACUAGACGGCCAGGGACCCAGAUGGUUCGUACAUUUUGUCCCCCACCACUUCCAAAGACUUCAUCAACACCCACACCUUUAGUGUCUGAAAGUGGGGGUAACGGUCCAUCAGAAAAAGUUGAUAAUGAACUUAAAAAUUUGGAACAUUUAUCUUCAUUUUCUUCUGAUGAAGAUGAUCCUGGAGUAUGCAGUCAUGAUAUUUAUAAAAGCGUCUCUACUCCUUUAACUGCUUUGGAUGCUACUUCUGAUAAAAAGAAGAAAACAGAAGCCCUACAAGUGGCAACUACUAGCCCAACUGCAAAUGCUACUGGUACUGCUACUACUUCCUCCACCACUGUGGGUGCAGUUAAGCAAGAAACUCACCACUGUACUUCAUCUGCAAUAAAUAUCCUGGAAAAUAUAAACUCUACAGAACCCUCAAAGCCCACCGAACUUGAUGGUCUUCCUUCAGACCAAUUUGCAAAAGGACAAGACACUGUUGCCAUAGAAGGUCAUACAGAUGAGGAGAACACAGAAAGUGGAGGAGAAGGCCAAUACAGAGAACGUGAUGAAUUUGUGGUAAAGAUAGAAGACAUAGAGACUUUUAAGGAGGCAUUAAAAACAGGAAAAGAACCUCCAGCUAUUUGGAAAGUACAAAAAGCUUUAUUACAGAAAUUUGUUCCUGAAAUUCGAGAUGGGCAAAGAGAAUUUGCAGCUACAAAUAGUUACCUUGGUUAUUUUGGAGAUGCAAAGAGUAAAUACAAAAGGAUAUAUGUGAAGUUCAUUGAAAAUGCAAACAAAAAGGAGUAUGUCAGAGUGUGUUCUAAAAAGCCAAGAAAUAAGCCUUCACAAACUAUCAGAACUGUUCAAGCUAAGUCAAGUAGUAGCAGUAAAAUUUCUGAUACUCCAACAUCAAAAUCUACAACUACAAAAGCCCCUUCCAUGAAACCCAAAGUUAAACAAGUAAAAGUAAAGGCUGAGCCACCACCAAAGAAACGGAAGAAAUGGAAAGAAGAAUUUUCAUCAUCUCAAUCUGACUCAUCUCCUGAAAUCCAUUCUAGUAGUAGUGAUGAUGAGGAAUUUGAUCCUCCAGCUCCCUUUGUCACUCGCUUUUUGAACACAAGAGCAAUGAAGGAAACCUUUAAGAGCUACAUGGAAUUGCUUGUUAGCAUUGCCUUGGACCCUGACACAAUGCAAGCCUUAGAGAAGAGCAAUGAUGAACUACUUUUACCUCAUAUGAAAAAAAUAGAUGGCAUGCUAAAUGAUAACCGAAAGAGACUUCUUUUGAAUCUUCAUUUGGAUCAAUCAUUCAAGAAUGCUUUGGAAAGUUUUCCUGAACUAACAAUAAUUACUCGAGACUCUAAAGCAAAAAGCGGAGGACCUGCUAUUUCUAAAAUCAAAAUGAAUGGCAAAGCUUACAAUAAGAAAACCCUAAGGACUUCUAAAACAACCACUAAAUCUGCACAAGAGUUUUCUGUUGAUCCAGAGAAAAUACAGUUGUAUGCUUUGUAUCAUUCACUGCAUCAUUAUAAAUAUCAUGUUUAUCUGAUAUGUAAGGAUGAGAUUUCUUCAGUACAGAAAAAAAAUGAAGAUUUAGGACAGGAGGAAAUUGUUCAACUUUGUAUGAAAAAUGUAAAAUGGGUGGAGGACCUAUUUGAAAAAUUUGGAGAACUUCUAAAUCAUGUACAGCAGAGAUGUUCCUAACAUUUCCACAAAAAUCCCGUCUUUUUUAUAGCACUAAUGAAAUGGCGGAUGAGGGAUGGUCAAAGAUAAUCAGAUGUCAAGCAGUGGUCUGCAGGCCUGCCUGCUUCCAUCAUGGCAUUUUCAUCAUGGCCUCUGCUAACGGACAGUGGUGCUGCCAAGGAAGCCAGUCCUUUGGAAAUGGACCCAAAUCCCACCACAUUUUUAUCCUAAUGAAUGAUUUUUCUAUUUUGUAAACCAUUGAGUAACUGAGUUUUAUUUUCAGAAAAUGUUUUUUGACAAACGAUGAAGCAUGCACUAAAUAUAAUUUUUCUUUACUGCUAGAGAAAUAACAAGUAACUCGAUUAUUUUUUUCUGACUCUGGCUAAACACCAGAAUGAAAGAGAGGUGGCAGAAAGCAUAUGUUUGUAUUCCUGUCUGGCCACAAAACCGAAAGUAUCGUAUGAUACAUUAUGUGAACAGAUCUGGUGUGAUGUGACAUCCCGUAUGAGAAUAUCAUCAAUUUAAAAUAUAAAAUUCUGAAGCUGCAUUCUGCUUUACGGACUCCUUUUACUCUUAACAUGUUCAGGAAACUGGAUGUGGAAUUGGUGCAAUUCUAUGACUGCUUUUUGUGUCAAAUUAUAUUGCGAUGAAAAAACAAUGACAUACUAUUUUCCCUAUCUCAAAGAAAAGUAUUUUGGUUUAUACUGUGUUUUUUCCUUUGGAAAAUUUUCAAUUGUACAUUUUAUUUCACUAAUAGUUGUAUUUUUCACAAGGGAAAUGUGGUUAUAAUUAUGUUUGAUGUAUCUGUACUUCAUUUUUCAUUAUUUUCAGUAAAUCUUAUUUAGUUGUAUGUCAAAUUUCUAUUGUGAAUUCUCUCUUGAGGUAACCAUUUUUGUUCAUACAGAUUUGCUUCAGUGUUAUCCAGAAUAUGCAUUCAGUACUAGAAUUAGUUUAGCUUUAUAUAUCGGGCUGUGUUAAACACUGCAGUACUUUUCUAAUUCAUAAAAUAGGUUUCUUACUAAAUUAGCACUUGAUCAACUGAAUUGUCAAGGUAAAAAUCUAACUACAUUAUACAUUUUUGAAGAAUAAAAUUGAUAAUUAGACCAUAUGCAGUGUUAAACACAGCUUACUUAACUCUUAGAACUGGAAGUGGUAGAGCUCUCCUUUUGGUGCCUUUCCAACCUUUAUACACACUAUUGUAGCUUUCUUAAGUUUGAUAGCUCGCGUUUCAAGUAGUUUAGCUGAGACAGUGAAUGUAUUAGGUUCAACAUGACCUUGUGGUUUAUUUGCGUUUGCCAACAGGAUGCCUUAUUUGUUUGAGAAAAAGAUUUACUAGUAUCAUUCUAAACUAUCUCCUUUUUUAGGAUUGUGAAGAAGUGAUUAAUCGUCAUACUUUUGUUUAUUUUACCACCAUUUAGUGCCUUAUGUCCUAUCAAGAAAGCAGUGUUGCUGCUCAAUUCCCAAAUAAGACACACUUAUAUAGAUAUUGCUAUUGUCUUGAUUUUCAGUUAACAGGCCAACUUCUUACACUUAAAACCUCAAUAAACUGGCAAAGAAUUAAAGGUAACACAGGAUUUGAGAAUAAAACAUUGUAGCAUUGGGUAAAAAAUGAGUAUUUGAGUUAAGCUUACGUAUUUAUUUCUGAUGGUUAUCUUAUUUAAAGCAAUAAUCCUUAAUACUGUACCUGCCAUUGGACUAGGUACUCAAUAAUGGAAGUUUCUCUCAAGGUUAAAUGUUCCAUUUCUGAAAGUUUUUUAAAACCUGUUUGGGCAGCUUAUUUUAAAAACAAAAGUAACCUAUUAGAUUCAUUUUGCCUAACUCAUAUGGGAGAUGCAGAGAUUAUCGGCAGUAGGAGCAUCAUAAAAUGAACUUUUUAAGAGUGGAGAAGAGUAGGAAGCAGCCAUAUUUCUUUCUGAUAGUAUUGACUCUGGACAGAAUUGGUAUCUUUCAUUUCCAAAAUGCAGAGUAGGGAACUACAUCUCCUAAUGUAGUGCUGUAAGUAUAUAUCUUUAUAUUAUUCCCCCAGCUUACUUUCCCGAAUCAUUGAUGGUUUAAAUAUUUUUAAAAGCUGCCUUACGUUUAGGUAGCUCUUGAAGUAAAUGUUUGAAUUCACUAGCCACACUUUCUUCAUGAUAAGCCCCGUGGAAAACAAAGAUGUUUCCUUAAAGUGAAUCUAAUGUUUCCCAUAGAAAAUAACCCAUUUCCUUUUGAACUGCAGUUGCCCUCAAGCUGUUUGCAGUUGUAUUCAUUUUAGUUAGUAAAACAAGUGUUUUCAUAAUAUGGGAGGCCAAAUCUAUCAUACUGCCUCAGAGAGACCCUAUUAUUUAGAUACAUCAUCUUCUCUCAUUUGAUCCAUAUAACAUAGGCGAAAACAUCAAACCCAGGCCUUAGAGAAAAGUGGGAAUAUUAUGAGAAUCAUAUGUGAGUCCUCUCUUUGUAUGAAGUUAAAUACAGUCAUGUUUCGCUUAACAACAGGGAUACAUUCUGAGAAAUUCAUCCCGAGGCAAUUUCAUCGUUGUGCAAACGUCACAGAGGGUAGUUAGCAAUCCUAGAUGGUAUAACCUGCUAUAUCCCUAGGCUAGCCUAUUGCUCCUAGGCUACAACCCUGUACAGCGUGUUACUUUACUGAAUACUGUAGGCAAUUGUAGCACAAUGGCAAGUAUUUGUGUAUCUAAACAUAGAAAAGGCACAGUAAAAAUACAGUAUUAUAAUCUUAUGGGACCAUAUAUACAGGUCUGUCACUGACUGAAAAGUUGUUAUGCGGCGCAUGACUGUAAAUACUUAGUGAUUAGCAGUUACAUGCCUUUCCAGGGAGUUUGAAAUUUAUAAUAUAGAAAUAACUUUAGGUUGUAGAUAGAGUUAAAGAGGUAAAGCACAUAUUGCCACAACCCAGGAGAAUAUGUUUAAGAAAAAUUGGAUUUUCUUACCUAUAGAGAUCUAGAAGCAAUUUAAUGUAAGAAAUCCUUUCGUGUUGGUUUGUAUUACUAGUUCAGACGAGUGGUUGGAGAAGGGGCCUCCUUGCCACUUUCAUUAUAAUCCAAUUUCCACUUAUUUGAUCCUCUAAUUAAGUCAUAAAUUAUAAUGAUUUAUGAAUUAUCACAGUAAGUCAACACUAGAGACUGUUCAUUUUUCUAUUACGCUAUCAAACAGGAAACAUUAGUAAGAUUGAAAAAAAUCUUAUUUUAAAAUGGCUUAUGAAAUUUUCAGAUUACUUUUAAAAUUCUAAAUACAUUUCUAAAACUUGAAAAUAUAUAGAUGGACUCAUGCAUUAGGACUGUUUUCAAAGCUUUCCUCAUUUUUAGGCAUAAUUUUCCUUCUAAUAUACAUAUUUAUUUUCUUUAAUGCAGCUAUAUUCCAACCCGUGACUUUGGAGAUAUUCCUAUAAAACCAGUAUAGCAGCAGGGUUAUUGAAGCAGCUUUCCCAAAAGUUGCUUCAAAUGUGCAAGUUGCAAAUUUCGUUGUAUUUGUAGAAUACAAUUUUUGUUUUAAACUGUAUUUCCAUCUGUUUCUCAAAAAUACUUUUCAAAAAGAACGAAAUAUCCAGGAUAACUACUUCUGUGUCAGUGGACUUGGCACAUAACUGCACAAAUGAACAAUGUGCACUAUUGGUUGUGCAUUAACUUACAUGUACAAUUUUUGGCAUCUGUGUUCACAAAUGCAUGUUUUCGCAAAUCACCUUUAUUUAUAAGUGACAAUAUUUGAAGUUAAGGAUAUAAAGAAACCUGCAUUUGUAGUCCAGAGUUUUCAAUUGGUCCAUAAUACAAUGUAUGGAAAUGUGAAAGACAAUUUUGUAUAUUUGUUUGUUACUAACUCAGAUCAUUAAAAUGAAAACAAUUUUUUAAACAA